UCCCUCGAACCCCUCUGUAGGCCCUUUAAUGCCCGCCUGCCCCUUCAGUUGGCCAAAAUGAAUGUGGAACGGGAAUACUCUGUGGUGGGAACUUGGGAGCACACAAAUGAGACCCUGGCUGUUUUAGAAGCCUACGUGCCUCGCUAUUUUGCAGAUGCCUCCAAGAUGUACUACUCGGGUCUGCAUGUGGACAAGCAAAAUGUUAACCCAAUGAAGCCGCAUAUCUCGCAGGAGAUUUUAGACAUGGUUCGCCGGAAUUUCACACGGGAAAUCGAAUUUUAUCAGUUCUGUCGCCAGCGUUUGCACAAACAGUACCUAGCCAUCAAACUGAAUGAUCUCAAGCGGGUGGACAAGACAUUGGCCAGGUUAAGUGAGGCCAAAGAUAUGGGCACACACAACCAGUUUUUAGGUUUAAUUUAAAACAAAAGUAAUAAAAAUGAGAGGAGAAAUUAAGACUUUUCUUAAAUGCCGAAGUUCCUACUUAUUUCUCUUUAUUAGCUGUGCUUUCUAAACACUAAAUAUGUCUUUCCAAAAGACUACUGGACUUUACCAUCUAGGGAUACUAAACUUUAUUCUUUCGAAGCUGGGGAUUACGUAUAUCCACUGCAAAUGGAUUGCUAGGAUGUUAAGCUACCAUAAAUUUAUAUCUAUCGCUUUAUAACCGAACAAAUGAAGCCAAUCUAUCACUUACUUAUGCUCGGUUCUUCGCACUC